GACGUAGAGGUAUAGAUUGCCAAUGCCAAUGCGAGCGCAACUCGAAUCAGUGCUCUGAGGAACUCCACCAAGGACUUGUUGAUCCCGUGAAACACAGGCUUGUACCAGAGACGUUCACCGAGUUAAAUAAUCCACGACAACCGAAGAUUCACUUCAGAAGUUUAUAAAACAGUUGCUCGACAUGGGAAAAAUGCACAGGUGUAUUACGUUGACCGUCGUGGUCCUCGCGAGCACGAUGUGCUACGAGGGUGUCGAGGCCUGGGGCGGUCUGUUUAAUCGUUUCAGCCCGGAAAUGUUAUCGAAUCUCGGCUACGGCAGCCACGGAGAGUACGUGAGCAAACCUGGAUUUUAUCAGCGGCCGUUAACUAGCUACGGGAAUUCUUACGCCGAUUCUUUGGACGUACCGUGCGAGGAGAGAAGGUGCACAGCCAACGAACACUGCUGUCCAGGUUCUAUUUGUUACGACGUAGACGGAGUUCUCGGCCACUGCAUAUUCGACCUGGGCCAGAAGCAAGGCGAGCUGUGUAGGAACGAUAACGACUGCGAGACUGGCCUGAUGUGUGCUGAAGUUCCCGGCAGCGAGACUCGCUCGUGUCAGCCACCGAUCACUUCGAACAAGCUAUACAACGAAGAGUGCAACAUGUCCGGGGAGUGUGACAUCAGUCGGGGUCUGUGCUGUCAACUUCAAAGACGUCAUCGGCAAACUCCGAGGAAGGUUUGUUCGUAUUUCAAAGAUCCUCUGGUAUGCAUCGGGCCAGUCGCAACUGAUCAGAUCAAGUCUGUCGUGCAGUACACUUCCGGUGAGAAGCGGAUCACUGGACAAGGAAAUCGAAUUUUCAAGCGAGUUCCCUUCGCCUAAACGCUUCAUCGUUCCCGAAGAAUCAGAGAAUACGGAGAGAGAGAGAGAGAGAGAAAGAGAGUAUGUGAAAUGAAACCCAUCUUACGACGUGCGGGAAACCUAAUUGUAAAAUAAGUCACUUCUCUGAUUACUGUCGAUGUUCUUAGUCCUCCUGCAUGGAAAAGAAUGGAACGGAGGAUUUGGGAACGCUUUGGACACGCUUCUCAAUUGUUUUCCUGCGACUAUUACGACUGACGAUGAUACAUAUCAGAAUAACCCGUCUAUAGGAUUAUAAGACAAACUAUAUUACGUGUAUAGUAAUAAGAAGAGUUUAUGUGAUCUGUUAUUGAAACCUAAUACUUCUAAUUUGAACAAACGUGUACAGGAUGCUCGGAGAGAUGAGAACGUCUUUCUUCCACUUGUUUGCCAUUCUUCUAUUUGUCCACUUUUCUAAUCGAACGAUCGGUAGAGGAAUUUAUUGUAUAACGAAGAAACGUUAGGACAAACGUCAAAAUUCAGUUCUUCCAAAGCUUCGUCGAAAAAUAUGAAUAAUAUUCGCUUCAUCCUGUACACUUUUUACCUUCGACGAUUGUCCGCGAUUUUCAGAUGGUACUUAAAUUAGGUUUCCUAGAUUCAUUCCUAAGGUAUCUACUGGAAUUCAAACGCACACGAUAAACACACGCAUAUUUUCAUUCCCCUCUGUGAAUGGGCGAGAAGAUACUUUUUCCUUUCUUUUAAAGGAGAGCUAAACGUCGACGAGAUCCAUCGAAUAUCGAGAUCGAAACCGAGAACUUGCGCAUCGUUGAAUCAAAUCGUAUAAUCAAUUGCGAGAUCGAGAGGCACUUGAAGAAGACAUAUCAUUAAUUGUCCGCUUUACCUAGCGUAUAUUCCAGAUUAUUAGCGGUAUACCUUAUACGUAAACGUUAAUGAGUAUGUUUGUUCAUAUGUAAACGCAGCUCGAUGAAGUAUCCAUCGCGGGAGUCGUUCGUCAAAUUCUGAACGUUAAAUAAAUAUAAUACGAUUAUCAUACAGUUAUACUCUAUGUGGAAAAUUUUGUUACGUUGAAUGUCGAUCAGAGUCGCGAUCUUCGAUGAUGUACAAAGCGAUUGAUCUUGACCGGGAGAAAAUUCGCGAUCACGUUUACGAAUGUUACGAUUAUUUGUGAUUGAGAAACAAUAGCGUAGGAGGGAAAAUUAAAUAUCUUCUGAUGCGUAAAGUACCUGCUGCGAAAUCUGGACAACUCGUCUCUGGCGACCGGACUGCGGAUUUUUAUGCAAUUACAGAAAAGUUAAACGUAAGAAAAAAUGCACCCAUUAUGUGUAAUGUCCAAAAAUACUGAAAUCCGACCGAUGUAAAUCUCACAUCGUGAAAUUGGAAAAUCUGUAUAAAUAGAUUGCAUUCCUCAAAAUAUGUUUCAGAAAAUACGAUUUUGCGUAAAAAUCCGCUCUCCACUGAUGAUAGUCGACGAGAGUCCGACACUAACACGGAAAGAGAGGAUGCAUAGAUUUCUAGUCAAACAAUAUUAUACUUCCAUCCACGUUGACCUUUUGACGCGUAAGGGAAACUCUAACAUAUCAUGAGAAUGCCUAAUCCAUUGAGAAGGUUUUAAAUAUGAAUGUUAUUACUACAGAUAUGUAUAUCUUAUUGAAAUUAUAUUUUUAUCUUCGAUCUAUACAUAUAUAUAUAUAUAUAUAUACAUAUACACACACACAUAUAUAUACCUAAACGCUAUAUAUUUACAUAGUAUUCAUAUAUUUUCCGGAUGCGUAUCUAUAUCUGUAAUCUAUAAUAACUAUUCCUCCUCUGAUGUGUGUCGUGCGUGCGUUAAAGUUUAAUUGUUUCUGAAUGAGCGAUUGUUUUCCAAAUUCCAUUAUGAUAUUGAUAUCAUUCUGAAAAUGAUAGUUUGUUCGUCGUCCGUGAAUUAUGAUUUACGAAAUAAAGGAAAAUGAACUGAUAGUAAAAUGUCUUAAGGAUGGAGGAAAACUUUUCUUUAUAUUAUUUGAACGUACGAUCCACGGAGGGGUUGCUAUAAUACAUAUACGGCCACUGCGGUCUUGAGUCAAAAGUACCUCUACUACAUGAAUUAUGUAAUUCGAAAGUAAUUAUAUGUGUAUAACUAUGUAUAUGCAAUGUUCAGGAUUAUAAUGCAGAGUUAUAAUAGUUUCAUGUGAAAUAAACUGUGGUGCAUACAAAACA